CCAAACAUCUCCUCCAAAGCACAGCCACCGCUACGUUCCCACGCAGCGACUCGACCUGACUCGGUACCACCCUCGCCGACGUCGGCCGUCAAGGUUCACGUUCAACGCUAUUGGCAAAUCGAUCUCAUUCGCCGUCCGGCUGCUUCGAAAACAUGUCGCAAGCCAUCGGCGAGCCCACCUUCACAGGCUAUAUUUCGAGCACUCACGAUGCCCUUCUCAUUUUCGAAUGCGUUCGCCGUGGCAUCAUGCCCAAGGUGCCGCGUCGAUUGAGAGACGACGAGCGCAAGCUCAUUCGCAGCGGGUCGGUGUUCGUCUUUGACGAGCAUGAGAGCGGCAUCAAGAGAUGGACGGAUGGUCUGCUGUGGAGUCCCAGUCGUAUUCUGUGGAACUUUCUGGUCUAUCGCCAGAUUGAAAAGAAGUCGAGCAAGGGACAAGACGCCACGGCAUCCACCUUGGCUACCUCGGACCUGUCGAUCGAUCCCUUGGCUCACGGCUUUGGCACCGGUAGCGACUCUGCGCCAAGCUCGACGAGAACUUCUCCAGUUCAAGCGCGUCUGGGCUUUCCCCAACACGACAUCAAGGGACGCGGACGAGCAGUGAGCAGCGCGUCCGACUCGGCGUCGGUCUGGUUCGACGGAGGAGCUCCUGCGACAUCCUCGCAGUGGUACUCGCCGCAAUCCCAAGGCAUGUCCUCUUCUUACAACGCCGCUGCGGCCGCCUUGCCAUCACACGCGUCCCACUCUGCGGCGCGUCGCGAAGCCGACCUCGAGCGCGCCCUCGUAGGCAGCCUGCGGAACAGCUACCCAUUCGCAAAGGACGGCCUCUGCAAGAAGACGAUUUCGAUUCAAGUCGACGGAUCCACUCAGCAUCUCGUCUCGUACUACAAGGUCGACGACGUCCGCAACGGCCGCCUUCGCACGCCCCUCUCGCUGCCAGAGAUCUCUGGUCUCCAUAUUUCGCCCAUCAUCCUUCAAAAGUCAAACUUCCGUAACCCGCCGGACAUCGAGGUGAUGCCGGACGGAUCGCUCCGAUACCGCGGUGAUGGCAGCGAGGCGUCGCGCAGAGCAGGAGCAGGGACUGGAUCGGGAAGUGAUGGUAGCGACGGCAGAAGCGCACAUGCGGGCAUGCAGUCACCCGGCAUGAUGAACCUCGGCAUGGACCCAAGAUACUACGCAGGUCCGGACUCGGUGUCAAUAGGAGGAGGAGGAGGGUUCCCACGGCGACUCUCCAUUGGGACGCUCUCACGUGAUGGACGAGGCGGUGUCACGGGAGGGUCGAGGAUUAGCGGCAACAGCCGGUACGAGCCAUAUCCGCUACCAGGCUCUCGACCUAGCCUCUCGAUGGGCACAUCCGGGGAGGCUUCGCCGAUGGAAGCAGGUGGCGGAUCAGCAUCGUGGUUUGGCGGAUCUUCUUCCGCACUCGGCGUGGGAGCCCCUGUACGACACCGCAACACGUUCAGCGUACGAGACCAUCCCGGGCCAUUCCCUCUCGGCGGCAGCGGCAUCGACGACGGUAGCAGCAGCUGGGGUGGCAUGAAACAUGACGAUAGUCAACCAUCGCCAUCCUUCCAGAAUCGUGUCCUCCCUUGGACAUCUGCAGCUCAGCAUACACUCGCCGGCAACGAGGCCCUCGGUCGACCACGAGGAGCGACGACGGGCACUUGGCACUCUCACUCAAGCCAUGCGACCCUCCGGGACUCUUUCCACACUGGAGGAGGCGGCUCGUCUACGGGAAGCAGCGAUGCAGGCUUCCCGGGGACCACCUUGGGCUUGAGCGGCAUGAAGAUUGCCAAUGGCGAUGGGCGGCCAGUCUCUGCUCAUCAUCAGCCCCACAAUUCGUCAGGAGCAGACCGGGUCGACGGACCAGCAGCACUAUUGGUACAGCAAUGGCGGUAACGAACACCAAGGAUCUGGCCUCGACGUCUACGGCAGCCGCACACCGGGCCGCGUCGCCCAGCCCUACAACAGCUCGCCUCAGCAAAUGGCGGCUCCUUCCCAGCAGCAGCAGCACUACGCGCUGUC